AUGGGGGAUACGUUCUGCGUUAGAUCCCGUGCGCGUAGUUGCGCCGAUAGUGACGAAUUAGAAGUUGCUCUGCAGCGUCUAUGUGCUAAAUUGAAGGCAUCACAGCCUGUUUUCACAGAGGAGGAUGUAGCACUGAUUCCCUUUCUGAGUGACAACAGUAGUUUUCCCACACGACCAUUAUCUAAUUCCGAUGGGGUCGCAAGCAUGUGUGAGGUUGAGGAUCUCACAUUUGGGCAGAUUGAUCUUGGUAAAAAUGGAGAGAUGUAUGGCUUGCAAUUUGACGUAAUUAAAGAGCCAGCAGAGAAGUGCUUAUCAUCGUCAUCUCAUCUCGGUAGCACAAACAGCUGCAGCAUUGAUACAGCAUCGAGUGAUACGAUUAAUUUAGAUAAUCCACUUUCUGUGGGGCUUUUUCUCACUGCUGUAAAUGUGUUUGAGCCGAAAUUAAUCACGAAGAACAAAAAAGUUGCCCUUGAUGCUGUCAAGCUUGUUAAGCAAGGGUAUGCGUUGACUUAUCGAGACCCUCAUUUUGUAUUUCCAUCUGAGAGCAAAAUCAAGACACGUUCUACUGUUUCUGACUCUAUUGCAGUCAUGCUAGUUAAAGAGAGAAUGAAUCCGAAGCGGAGGCCGAUUGCACGCCCUUCCUGUGUUGUAAAUACCCUGAGUUCUCCUCAACCUUCUUAUAAACCGGACCCCGCGCUAAUCUUAUAUCUCGACCAGUCCAUUCGGGCAUUACUAGUGUAUUGCAAUGAUUCAACCCCUCUCGCUCAGUUUAUUUCAUCGAACCAGAGCAUUUUACGUCUUUUUGGCUUUGUGUGUUCAAUGGCAAGACGUGCCGAGGAAGGGGCAGUCGAUGGUGCUGAGCGUUCACUGGGCACACGUGAUGUGAACGUUGAGCUAGAAGAGUUGAGAUCCCUUUGGAACUCAUGCGGUCUAGUUGGGCGGGUGGUAAACUACUUACAAGAAUGUUAUCUAAUUGAGUUUCUAUUAGAUGAUGCAUUGCCUCCUGCUGUGUGCUCAUCACGCUACGAAGGACUGAUCAAUGCUCUUAAUGACAAGAAACACAAAAUAACCGUGGAUAUGUUGAUGAGUCGUCAUGAGUUUUCGAAUAUGAUACGCAUGACCCCACUCAAAGGUCUUGUUGGUAUUGUCAAGAUGUCUGCGUUCACCGCGGUAAAACAACAAGCGCGUCUUUUAGAUAGAAUCACUGCCGAAGGUCUUAUGGAGCGCUUACUGGAAGAGCUCAAAGAUGUGUGUCAAGAUCUGUUUUCCCCUCUGGGAUCAGUUUGUGAUAUCGAUUGCUCGUCUUUGUGUUCACCGACCGCUUCGAGUAGAACCCCUAGUAAUACACCUGUACACAGUCAAAUCGAGAGGAAUGGUAGCUCUUCAAGGCGAAAAAUAUCGACAUCUCUGAGUGUUAGUGGUUCUCAGACGCAAAAUGGAUUAGGUCUUUCAGGUAGAGCGUUGGAGUGCUUAGGAUAUUGUGCGGACAUUAUCCUGCUAGUUACAAGUCCUAACCUGCAACCAGCCCUAGAGGUUGACGAGAUGGCAAAAAGUUCAAGGACGGCACCAGCAGCGGUGGUUCGCUCAACCUUGUGGGCCUCUCAGGAGUCCACUUUACGAGAAAUGUUAGCUCUUUUGCUGCGUAUUGCGUGUUGCACUUUUCAAAAGAACCAACAGCACUCUUUUGUACACCUCAAGCUGCAUAUCACGGAUUGUGUGCUUCAAAUCGCAGCUUACAGUGGUUGUUUGUAUAGCAUGGUUGUCGAUGUGAUUAAUGCACUCUUUGAGGAUUUUCAGUACCGUGAAAAACUGUGUGGCUCACGCUGCUCGCCAUCGCAUCCAACACUCACUGUGGGCUCGACUAGGUCCUCGGAACCUACCACUAUCCAUGCAUUUAAUGACCUCAAAUAUCUGGAAAUUUUCAUUCCCUUGCUACCUUUCCUUGUGGGCUUGCUAGCUCAGACAAACCAUGCACAAGUUCAUGCGGUUUCAAUACGGCGUUGGUUUUGGUAUCUAUCAGAAAAUCUUAUCCCGGAUGCAUUUGAGGCUCCAUCCUUAAUAAACGGGCGAAAGAGCACAGCGACAUGGGGAAGAUUGCUUAUGAAGCGGCUUAAACCCGCUACAAAGGGUCUUAUGGAAGAAAACAUGUGCCCAUGGAGGGUGUCUAUGUUGGCCCGUGAUCUUAAACGUCGUGAAGUGAUUAGUCUUUUGCCUUAUUUCACCUUUGCGUGCCGCGUUAUUCGGGAAACGGUGUGGAGAGACGGUAGCAAAGCAUUUUUCGAAAAAAUCGCUUCACUAUCUUAUCAUGUUGUGAUGACUAAUGCUUGGCAGCGCAGCUUAUGCUUUGGUCAGGCUUUCUGUUGCUACGAUCUAGUGUCUAUUAUAUUGUCUCAGCCCGAUAUGAGAUUACUCAAGGACACGGACAUGGAAGGAGGUGGUGAGAUGAUCAACAACACGUCUGUUAAAGAGUCCCCACAAGUAUCAAAAAACACUUCAAAUGAAUCAUGUGAUAUUAAAAAGCGCAGCCGCUCGGUCGUAGCUGCAGAAGACAAGUCCCUGCAGUUUUUCAUAUUGAGCCCUAAGCAUGGUUCAGUAUUUCACGAAGCGUGGUCACCCACCUUGACGGACUCGGAAUUUCAGGAUUGCAUAGAAAGUAAUGAUCUUAUAACUGAUCUUGAUCACAGUCGCUCUGUUUCACUUUGUAGAGACAAUGAUGGUGCACAUGAGGUUGUAGAGGAACCAGGCGACAUAUCGCCCAAAGGGGUGCUGACACAACCAUGGCAUCUGUCGCGUAGGGUACUGUUGCUACCGAAUAGUAGCUUAAAUAGUAGCACAGCAGACUCUUAG